AUGAACUGGGUUGGUGGCUCCCGGAGCAGAAUCAUACUUAAACAGGAAAGGAGAAAGCAAAAGGAAUUCUUUGAAAAGAAAAAGCUUAGAUCAAAGAUGAAGCUCCUAGGAGUAUCAUCACCCCCUAAAAGUUCAACAGUCAGUUUAGAUCUCCUCAACCUGUAUGUUGUAAAUCAGAUAUCCACCAAGAAAGACUCUGCUGACAGAGUGAGAAAACCAGUCCAUGUGGAUCUGAACAAGGGGCUAAAAACUCCUACAAGGAGACAGAAUAUUGAACUUCCCAUGUCACCACAACGUACAUCAUCUAAAAUAGAUCUAGAUGACAUCCAGAACAGAAUACAACAACAAGUAUUAGAGAACAGAAGAAAGCAUCUCACAGACAAGAUAAAAUACCAACCUCAGUUAUCACAAGUUAUGGAAUCAACUUGCGCUAGUCUUGAACAUCUGAACAAUCUAGCAGCAGACUGUAAUUCCUAUCCAGUGUCCUCUUCAGUUUCCUGGUCUUCUAAUUACAAACAAUCUCCAGAACAAAAUUUCAGAAUGAACCUAGCACGCAGUCCUUGGAAAGUGGUCUACGAAGAGGAGAAGCAGAGCAAACAGUUUCUACCAUUUUCUCAGCCAGGAAAUAUUCUCUCUCAAGACCCUGGGUUUUCAAAAUCCCAAAACAGUCCAGACUAUAUAAACUCUGUUGGUAAUACUCCAGCUUUAAUUACCGGUAAAGAUUCUGGAAGCAACAACAGAAUAAAAGAGCCAUUAUUUGGUAUUGUGAACGAAACAUCAGCAAAUGACACUCACGAUGCAAAUGGUCUCGCAUUGUCUGAAGAUGAGAGACCACUGAUUCAUGAUAUUUCUUCCAUGGAAUAUUGUGGUCCUUUUGUUAACCAAGCCAGUAUCAGCCAGUUAUUUACAGAUCCAGAUGAUAUGAAUGAAAUAUCCAACAGAUGUAGCCCUUAUAAUAGAGAAACUUAUAACAUGACUAAAUGUACUGAAAGGUAUACUGUAGACAGAUGCCUUAAACGGAUUUUCACUGUUCCAGAGCAGACUUUAUUUAAAAGUAAGAAUAUUUCAAGUGCAAGCCAUAAAGAAAAUAAACAGCCUAAUAAAAGUCACUUGAAAGAAUACCCUGAUGGACAUUAUUACAUUAUAUCUUCUGAAAACCAAGAAAAUCCUUCAAAAUAUGAAAGAACAGACACUGAAUCAUCACUGAGCAGUCAGUCCCCCAGUUACUCUCCAAAGCAAACAGACAGUUGUUUCUGCACUAGUUCCGAGAUGCAACUUAUUGGACUCAUAUACAACUGCAUUCAUACAAAUCUGUUUGUACAGUCUGAAGAGGACGAUCUAGCUGAAAAGUGUCUUUCUGACAGCUCCUUUCAAGUAAACAGUGCCAAUCCCAUUGCAGCUUCAACAAGCAAAGGACCACGACAUACCUUUGGCAUGGAAAGUUUGCUUUUCCCUCCCGGCACUUGUGUUGCUAUGAAAGAAGCCAACACUCCUCGACAGAAAGAGCCCAGUUUACAAGCAACAGAGGAGGAAAAUAAAGACCAGGCUGUUCAACCUCAGCCCAACUCAUCACACAUAUCAUUUAAAAGGAAGAAUAUUAAUCAUAGAGAAAGAUGUGAUGCUUGGUCACAAACUGAGAUCUCUGCUGUAAGGGUAGAAAAAAUGCAUGCUGCCAUACAAUGUGAUAUAAUACAGGCAUGUUGCUGUAUAAAUCAUCUUUCCUCUGUCCACAGCGCUGAACUACUAACUAAUGUUAGUAAAGCAGAUACCACUGGAGGGCAGGAAAUUACAGCAGAUGAGGCAUUUCUGUCUUCAAGUACAGACAAUGCAACAAUUAUUGCAGAAUUUCCUCCUGCAACCGAGUAUCUGACAUUGCCUGACAAGAUGACUGUAGAUGUGCUGAACUACAUUAACAUAAUGAAAAAGAGAGAAGAGAACAACUGA